AUGUCUAAAUCAGAAGAGGUUAACAAUCAUCCAAGGGAGAGAAAUGAUACCACCAGAAUAAACGUAGUUGGUGCAGAUCUUCAAGCAUUGAUUGACAAUGCUGUUACUAGAGCCCUUGACAGACAGUUCAAGGAAUCAAGUGGUACUCGCAGCAGGACCCAAUCUGUACCUCAUACAAAACCACCUUCCAAGACACAUGCAUCUCAUAAAGACGAUUCUCAUCAUUCGUCGAAUCAGAGAAGUAAAGCUUUGGCUUGGUGGAGGUCGCUAAUCCAAGCCACGGGGAAGAUCCCAUUGUAUAACUUGUAUUGGGAUCAAUUCGUUGCACUGAUCAAGGAAAACUUCUGUCCUCAGCAUGAGGUAGAGAAAAUCGAAACCGACUUCCUGACUCUGGUCAUGAAGAACUUGGAUUGUCAGGCGUAUGUUACCAGCUUCAACACCAUGUCCCGAUUGGUUCCUUAUUUGGUCGCACCGGAACCAAAGCGCAUAGCACGUUUUAUUGGAGGUCUAGCUCUAGAAAUCAAGGGAAAUAUGAAGGCUUCCAGACCUACCACAUACAGGUCCGUGGUGGAUCUAUCUCUCUCUCUCACACUAGAUGCAGUCAGAAACAGGUCUGCCAAAGCUUCUGAUGAAGGAAAGCGGAAACGAGAGGAUGCGAAUUCUCAUCGCUCCGAUAAGAAACGGAAGGGGAACUCUGAGCAUAAGAAGGGCUCUGGGUUUAAAAAGGACAACCAGCAGUCAGGUGAAAAACCUAAGUGCAAAACCUGCCAGAAACACCAUUUUGGGAAGUGCAGGCUUGAAUCGCAAUCGCAAUCACAGACGAAGCCUAAAGUUUGUGGGAUCUGCAAAUCGAAAGAGCAUAGAACCUUGGAUUGCAAGAAAUUGAAGGAUGCAACCUGUUAUGUUUGCAAUGAGAAGGGGCACAUAAGGACUAACUGCCCUAAGAACCCAAAGAAGCCCGAAGAGGCUAAGAAGACUAAUGCUCGAGUCUUUCAUAUGAAUGCGCAUGAAGCGGUACAGAAUGACAAUGUUAUAACAGGUACUUUCCUUAUCAAUGAUGUUUAUCCUAGAGUAUUGUUUGAUUCUGGCGCAGACAAGUCUUUCGUAGACAAUAAACUUUGUAAACUGUUAAGUCUGCCUGUUAAAACUCUAAACAUAAAGUAUGAAGUAGAAUUGGCCGAUGGUACCGUAGAGACUGAUUCAACAAUUUUAGAUGGAUGUUUUAUAUCCAUUAGGAAUCACUCUUUUCCGUUGUCUUUGCUUCCGUUGAAAUUAGCAGGAUUCGAUAUAGGAGAUACGCAGUAUGGAUUGCCUAAGCAGGUGUCUGUGCUUAAGGCGUCAAGGUGUUUGAAGAAAGGGUGUGUCAUUUAUAUGGCACAGAAUCAAGCUGAUCAUGAAAAACACCUCCGAUGUAUUCUUGAACUUCUGCAACAAGAAAAGCUUUAUGCUAAGUUCUCUAAAUGUGAGUUCUGGCUCCGAGAAGUCCAGUUUCUUGGGCAUGUAGUGAGUUAG